GCCUCUGUUUCUCUCAUUUAGUUCAUGUUUAGUGUCAUUCCUGGUCUGUGCACUUCUGUAUCAUUUUGUCCAUGUUUGUGCUGUGUUCUGUUUAAUCUUAGUUCAGUCUGUUUUCCCUGUUAGUUGUAGUUUAUUGGUAUAUUUGUGAUCUGUCUGCUUGUGUUACAGUUAUCAGUUAUUUAUAUUCUGUUUCUUCCUGGUUAUUAGGUUCCAUAUGGCUUUAUUGGUGUCUCUCUGUUUUCCCUGCUGUCUCUCUGUGUCUCGUUAGCCUCAUGUCUUUCACCUGUGUUGCUCCCACCCUAGUCAUUAUCCCUGGUAAAUACUGUAUGUGUGGUCUUUCUGUUCAGCCCUUGUCCGGUCAUUGUAGCAUGUAUAUGUUCUGUCAUGUGUAGCUUCGUGCUUGUCUCGGAUCUGUACCCGUUUGGAUUGCCCGUUUCAUUUGGAGUGUUAUUCUUUGGAUGUAUCGCAGCCACUCUGCCAUACGUGGUCCAGCAGAAGUCGUAGAACGCUAUGCUAAAGUCCUGAAGACCUACUACAAAAGAAGUCAAUCACUGCUGCAUGCAAAAAGCCUUUUACACUGCCUCAUAGAGGGUGCUGUUGACAGACUCCUAAACAUUUCUCAGACACUGUUGAACCAACCAGAAACAGCCAGCCAUGAACUCCCAGCAGACGGAACUUGGCCAGGAGGUGAUGGAGGAGACUGAUGCCCCUCCUCGUCAUCGCCACAAUAACCACAACAGCCGGACCCGUAACCAGGAAAAGCGCUACAGACGCUGUGAGGCCCUGGCUGGAGGAAGUGCUGGCAGCAGAGCCAGGGCACCACAGCAGCGCAGGCCACAGGAGGAGCAAGACAUGGAACUGCAACAUGGAGCUCAGUCUACACAGCCCCUGCAGCCCCAGCCCAUUCCACGACCUGCAGUGGCACGUUAUCGCAGACAGGGGGAUAGCGAGGCACGGAUCAGAGCCCAGCAGCAGAGGCACAGACAGAGGCAGCAGAGAGAGGCAGAGAGAGCACAACAUUUAGCACAGCAACAGGAGAAGAAGCACCAAGCAGAGAUGACCCAGGAAGAUGACCGAGAAAGGGAUGAUUCAGUGCUGGCCCGCUCAGCAAGCACAGAGAGUGGCUUCCACACCCAUACCGAUCGUGCUGAGGGGGACGAUGAUCUGGUGAUGAUGUCUCUGGAGCCUGAAGGGCAGCCAGAGGUGGAGGAUGAGGCAGGGAACUAUGGAGUCCAGCUACUGCCAGAGGCAGAGGGGUACACUGAGAGUGCCGAGGCUGAACAGCAACAUCUCCAUCCACAUACUAACUAUCCUCCUCAGCACCCGCCCCUGCCACGUGACCACCCGCCUGAUAUCCAAAACCUGCAGAGACAGGAUGAAGCAGAGGAGAUGCUGAAUGCUGGAUACUCCAACUACAUCUACACUCAAGCCCUCAGCCACUCCGGGGAAAGGGCAGACCUCUCAGCUGGUCAGAGUUUAGAUGCUAGACUUCCAGACGAAGCCUAUUCUGAGCCAUAUGACAUUUACUCACUCUCUGAGCAUGUUUACGAGGAAAUCUGCGAUGCUCCGACAUCAGUUUCAUAUACGGCAGACAGGCCUAAGGACACUCUCCAACAGAGGAAGGCCGGUUUUCAGCUGUUGGAAGGCCGGGCAGGAGGUGGAGACUACCAUCAGCAGGAGGCGGUGGGCUCCCGCCUGCGCCACUACGAUGAACGCUCGGAUGGCGAGUCUGACAGCCCAGAGAAGGAGGCGGAGUUUGCUCCGUAUCCACGCACUGACAGCUGCGACCAGGAGGAAGACCUCCACUACAAAGAAAGCCUAAGCUCUCAGAGUCUUCAUCAUUCUGCGGAAGAUACCAUAGAUGAAGCAAAUAAACUUCUGCAGGAAGAAGAAAAACCCCAAUCUGAUGCUGAGAAAAACCACAAAGCUACCAACGGAGGGAAGCCACCCAGAAGACAGGCUGUGAGUCCAUCAGAGGAGGCUGUAGCAGUGAGGAACAGUCAGGACAAGAGGGAUGCAAUAUCCCUGGCCAUCAAGGACAUUAAAGAGGCCAUAGAGGAGGUGAAGACCAGAACAGUGAGAUCUCCUUACACACCUGAUGAGCCCAAGGAGCCCAUUUGGGUAAUGAGACAGGACCUGAGCCCCACUGCAGAGUGUGACCUCCAGCCAUCACUCGGGAGCGAUCAGUCUCCUGGUUCAGGCUCGCCAUCUCCUCCAGGAGCAGAGUCAUCCAGCAGACAUCUGCUGCAGGAUGACAACUUUGAAUCUUCUCCCUCCAGUAAAGAGUCCAGGAGAAGCCUUGCAUCAUUCCCCACAUACGUAGAAGUCCCAGGCCCAUGUGACCCAGAGGACUUGAUCGAUGGGAUCAUAUUCGCAGCCAACUACCUGGGCUCCACCCAGCUGCUGUCGGACAAGACACCGUCUAAAAACAUCCGCAUGAUGCAGGCGCAGGAGGCCGUCAGCCGCAUCAAGACGGCCCAGAAAUUAGCCCAGAACAAGAAGAAGGGCCCUGAGGGUGAGCCUCAGCCCAUGACAGAGGUGGAUCUCUUCAUCUCCACUCAGAGAAUCAAAGUUCUCAAUGCUGACUCCCAGGAGACCAUGAUGGACCACCCUUUACGGACCAUCUCCUACAUUGCUGACAUUGGCAACAUUGUGGUUCUGAUGGCCCGGCGCAGGAUGCCUCGACCUGACUCUCAGGAGAAUGUGGAGGCCUCAGACCCAGGUCAAGACAGCAAGCGCCAGUACAAGAUGAUAUGCCACGUGUUUGAGUCUGAGGAUGCCCAGUUAAUUGCCCAGUCCAUCGGGCAGGCCUUCAGUGUGGCUUACCAGGAAUUUUUACGGGCCAAUGGCAUUAACCCUGAGGACCUGAGCCAGAAGGAGUACAGUGACCUGCUCAACACUCAGGACAUGUACAAUGAUGACCUCAUCCACUUCUCCAAGUCUGAGAACUGCAAAGAUGUGCUCAUAGAGAAAGCUAAAGGAGAGAUAAUGGGUGUGGUGAUUGUGGAGAGUGGGUGGGGCUCCAUCCUUCCCACUGUUAUCAUUGCCAACAUGAUGCAUGCUGGGCCAGCUGAGAGGUCUGGCAGACUGAACAUAGGAGACCAGAUCAUGUCCAUUAAUGGGACCAGUCUGGUGGGACUGCCACUGUCCACCUGCCAGAGCAUCAUCAAGGGUCUGAAGAACCAGUCUCGGAUCAAGCUGAACAUUGUCAGAUGUCCCCCAGUGACCACUGUACUCAUCAGACGGCCAGACCUCCGCUACCAGCUGGGCUUCAGCGUCCAGAAUGGCAUUAUCUGUAGCCUUAUGCGUGGGGGCAUUGCUGAACGGGGCGGGGUCAGAGUGGGUCACCGCAUCAUCGAGAUCAAUAGCCAGAGCGUGGUGGCCACGCCCCAUGAAAAAAUUGUCCACAUCCUGUCUAAUGCUGUGGGAGAGAUCCAUAUGAAGACGAUGCCUGCAGCCAUGUACCGCCUGCUGACCGCCCAGGAGCAACCUGUUUACAUUUAACAAGUCAAGGCCCUGACCUCACACACCCUUUAACCCUCCUGCAAUCAACUGUCACUCCCCAAGCCUCCCCCCCUGCUCAGCCAGUGCUCAUCCUGUACCCUUCUAUCCACAAGUGAUGGACUGUACUGAGUUGUUCUGUUGCCUUUUGACAACAACAUAGAAACCCAAAUUGUCCAUCAGCACUCACUAAAAGAUUUGUUUGUGUACAUUUGGCUAAAGGUACAAUUAGAGAAAGGAUGUUUACACCUGAUACAUUUUCAGCGCCUAGCAGUGCCCAAGAAUCUUCAAAUGUUUUGAAACUUUACACAUUAGCACUAUAACAAUUCCUAAGUGUAUAUUUAGUGCUCAGUUUAGGCAACUAAGACAGUUUGGAGAAAAUUUUAGUCACUGUUACAACUUCUCAAACAUUAGAAACCUUAUUUUCACAUGCAGGGAACUUAACCUUGAUGUGGCAAUCUGCACAUCCAACCCUGACCUCUGCAACCCCCAACUGUGCUUUCUGCCAUGCUGCUAUUUCACUGGCAGAACACUGCCCGUUAUAUUUCCUCCACCAAAUCAUGUUUUUUGUUUUAUAUUGGACAUGUUACAUGCUAAUGUUGUAUCUACAUUUCAUGGGACCAACCUUCAGCUCUCCUCCUACUAAAUGUUGAUGUUCUUUGCACAACACAGAGCUCUCCACACAGGUAUAUGAAUCUUGACCCUACUCACAGUCCACGCAUUUGCAGCAUUGUUGAAAAAUUGACGCUGCAGCUCCAUUUUCCACUUCCAACAGAAAACCUUUCCAAACCCUACUGUAGUCAGUUAUCCCAGUAGUUGUUAGCAGCAGCAGUAGCUCCAGUUAGCAUGUAUUCCCAUUAAACUAACAACCCCUAGUUGCUCCAGAGCGUGCGACCUCUGAUAUAUAUACAGUAACUGUAAGUUGCUUUGGAUAAAAGCGCCAGCUUAAUGUAAGCCCAAAUCAGAUACAGGUCGGAUUUUUUGAAAUGUGACCUCACUCUAGAUCGCCCUCAUCACAAUUCAGCACGAAUGAAUGCAAAAAUGUAGGUAGUGAGUAGGGAUCGACAGAUACGUUUUUUUCCGGGCCGAUACCAAUUAUCAGUAACCAAUUAGACUGAUAUUAGACCAAUAUUUGAAACCGCUAUACAUUUGCUCUAAAAAUUUUAAUCUUGGUGUCAUAAUUUAGAAUACCCCAAACUUCAACACAAAACUUUGUUGAAAUGGCUUUAAGUGUAUCUUAUCAAAUAACGAGACUAAAAUAAAUUGUCAUGUUUAAUCUUUAAAAAUAGUAAA